AUGUAUGGAGAAGGUGUGUUGACAGUACGCCUGUUCCAGAACUGGUUCUCUAAAUUUCGAUCCAGCAAUUUUGAUGUCGAAGAUGCACCACGUUCGGGAAGGCCGGUUGAAGCUAAUAAAGGCACGACAAAGACAUUAGUUGAUGCGAACCGGCGAAUAACAGCACAUGAGAUCGGAUUGAGGUUAAAUUUAUCAAAUUCAACAGUUUAUGACCAUUUGAAAGGCCUGGGAUUAUCCUCGAAGCUCGAUGUAUGGGUUCCCCAUGUUCUCACAGAGAAAAAUCUGUGUCGCCGCAUUGACGUCUGCGAUUCGCUUCGAAACGAAAAUGAUCCGUUUUUGAAGCGCAUCAUCACUGGGGACGAAAAAUGGGUUGUAUACAACAACGUCAAACGCAAGAGGUCAUGGAGCAAAAAAGAUGAACCGGCUCAAACCAUUUCCAAAGCCGAUAUUCACCAAAAAAAGGUGAUGCUGUCUGUUUGGUGGGAUUUUAAAUAA